UGGUUCAUCGGCGCGUGCGCGAUGAGGUCUCCGGCGCCUAAUCCCGCGCAUGCGCGGAGUCGUUUGCUGCUGGCUGUCCCUGAUCCCGCGCAAGCGCGGAGUUUUGUAUCUGGGAGGUUGAAGGCGAGAAGGAGUCCGGGAGUACCGGAGGGCGCAGAGCGGGCCCGAAAGAUCCGGGUCCAGCGGUUCUCAUCGUGUCCCAAAAUGGUGAAGCCGGAUAUCCACACCCUGGCCCGCCAUCUCAAGCAGGAGCGUCUCUAUGUUAACUCAGAAAAGCAGCUCAUCCAGAGGCUGAACGCUGAUGUGCUGAAGACUGCAGAAAGGCUGUACCGUACCUCUUGGAUUUCCAAACAGCAGAAAAUAAAUUUGGACCGACUAAUUCUAACAAGCGUUGAAGCGUCUCCAGCAGAAUGUUGCCAACACGCUAAGAUAUUGGAGGACACCCAAUUUGUGGAUGGUUACAAACAGCUAGGAUUUCAGGAGACUUCAUAUGGGGAGUUUCUUAAUCGCCUUCGGGAAAACCCGCGGCUCAUUGCAUCUUGCCUUGUGGCUGGUGAGAAGCUUAACCAAGAAAAUGCUCAAAGUGUCAUCCACACUGUCUUCACCUCUCUUUAUGGAAACUGUAUCAUGCAAGAGGAUGAAAGCUAUUUGCUCCAGGUUUUACGCUACCUGAUAGAGUUUGAGUUGAAGGAAAAUGAGAAUCCUCGGAGGCUUCUUAGGAGAGGAACUUGUGCCUUCAGCAUCAUCUUCAAACUCUUCUCGGAGGGACUCUUCUCAGCCAAGCUCUUCCUUACUGCAACCCUACAUGAGCCCAUCAUGCAGCUACUGGUUGAAGACGAGGAUCAUCUGGAGACAGAUCCAAGCAAACUUAUUGAGCGCUUCUCUCCAGCUCAGCAAGAAAAGCUAUUUGGGGAGAAGGGCAGUGACCGCUUCAGGCAUAAAGUGCAGGAGAUGGUAGAGUCAAACGAAGCAAAGCUGGUGGCACUUGUUAACAAAUUUAUUGGUUAUUUAAAGCAAAACACUUACUGCUUUCCACACAGCCUGCGAUGGAUUGUAUCCCAAAUGUACAAAACUCUGUCUUGUGUGGAGGGUCUGGAUGUUGGUGAAGUGAGGUCUAUGUGCACGGACCUCCUACUGACCUGCUUCAUCUGCCCAGCAAUCGUGAAUCCAGAACAGUAUGGGAUUAUCUCAGAUGCUCCCAUCAAUGAAGUAGCCCGGUUCAACUUGAUGCAGGUUGGCCGCCUCUUGCAGCAGUUGGCGCUGACGGGAUUUGAGGAAGCAGAUUCACGCAGCAGGAACAAUCUCAGUAAAUUUGAUAAAGGCUGUGUCGCUGCCUUUCUGGAUGUUGUUAUUGGAGGCCGAGCAGUUGAAACCCCACCGUUAUCCUCUGUAAAUUUACUUGAAGGGCUAAGUCGCACUGUUGUAUAUAUGACUUACAGCCAGCUGGUCAAUUUGCUGGGAUUCUUGCGCAGUGUCAUAUCCGGAGAUCAGUUACGUGAGGAGGAUCGAAUGGCUCUGGAAAACCUUCUGGCUACAGUGCCCCAAAACAAGCCAGGCAAAAAUGACAACACUUACAGCACCCCUCAGCUAUCCCCUGCUACCACACCAGCCUGCAAGAAGAACAGACUGCCUAUAGGGCAGCAGCUUGCAGCUAUGACAGUCUGGGAUACAUCUGCAUCGAAUCUCUCUGCACACAUAAACCUGGUGACCCCAUUUGUUACUCGCAGUAGGAGCAAAACCAGCCUGAUGGAAGCAGAGCAUGAGGUCUCUCCUCAAGACGUCACACCUCAAGGACACCCUGAAGAAGUUCUUGUCAUUUCACUGGGGACAGGACCUCAACUUACACCUGGCAUGAUGUCUGAGAAUGAGGUACUGAAUAUGCAGCUUGUGGAUGGCGGACAGGCCGAUGUGCCCGUGGAUGACACAAAACUGCACGGGAAGCCUGACAAGACCCUGCGCUUCUCUCUUUGCAGUGACAACCUGGAAGGCAUCUCAGAAGCAGAAGAAGAAAAUCCGUGUUCAACAGGUCCCUCAAACAGAUCCAAUUCUGUGUCAUCCCUGGAUCUGGAAGGGGAGUCUGUGUCUGAGCUGGGGCCUGGGCCAUCUGGCAGCAAUGGGGUGGAGGCACUACAGCUUUUGGAGCACGAACAAGCUACCACACAAGACAACCUUGACGACAAGCUGCGCAAGUUUGAAAUUCGGGAUAUGAUGGGUUUGACGGACGAUAGAGAUAUCUCUGAAACGGUUAGCGAGACGUGGAGCACAGACGUUCUUGGCAGUGACUUUGACCCCAAUAUUGAUGAAGACCGGCUGCAGGAGAUUGCAGGUGCAGCUGCAGAGAAUAUGCUGGGCAGCUUACUCUGCCUUCCUGGCUCAGGCUCUUUACUCCUUGACCCAUGCACUGGAUCCACCAUUUCAGAGACCACCAGUGAAGCAUGGAGUGUGGAGGUCCUCCCCAGUGACUCCGAAGCACAAGACUUGAAGCAAGAGGAGCGGCUGCAGGAAUUGGAAAGCUGUUCUGGUUUGGGGAGUACAUCAGACGACACAGAAGUGAGAGAGGUUAGCUCCCGACCCAGCACCCCAGGACUCAGUGUGGUGUCAGGCAUCAGUGCAACUUCAGAGGACAUCCCUAACAAGAUUGAAGACUUGCGCUCUGAGUGUAGUUCUGACUUUGGGGGAAAGGAUUCAGUAACAAGUCCUGAAGUAGAGGACUGUGUUCAAAUGUUUCAAAAGAGACAGACUGCGGGCGCCGUUCAAACAAAGACAUGUAAUGUGCCUUGUUUAUUUCCAGGCAUUCAUCAUAUCACUUCUCCUCCAACCCAGACAGAGUCCUUGUUAGCCAUGUUUGAUCCCCUAGCUCCAGCACCUAGCGAAGUGGUGCGGCCUAAAGUGCACUAUGUUCGACCCUCUCAUCCACCUCCUGAUCCACCCAUUCUGGAAGGAGCCGCAGGCGGGAACGAGGCUCGCCUGCCUACAUUUGGCUCCCACAUCUUUGUUCCCACGGAUUCUGAUGCCUACAGGCAGAGGCACUCUUGCCCAGAGAGGUUGGUGCGCAGCCGUAGCUCUGACAUCACCACAUCCCUAAGGCGGCCAAUGAGUGAUCCUGGCUGGGCACGAAGAGCAGGAACUGAAGAGAGAGAGAUGGCACCAGGAACCAUGGCAUUAGGAGCGUCUGCAGCUAUCCACGCGUCGCAGUCCUCAUCCUCUUCUCCCAGCAAGGACUCCUCUAGGGGAGAGCUAGAAGACAAGAAAGACAGUGAUGAUGAGCGCUCGGACCGUAACAGACCAUGGUGGCGGAAACGGUUUGUCUCUGCAAUGCCAAAAGCUCCUAUUCCCUUCAGGAAAAGGGAAAAGCAGGACAAAGAGAAGGAUGAGCUGGGACAAGACAGGUUCUUGAUGCCAGAUGAUGCAGCAUCAAGACUCGGCUCCCAUUCUCAGGCAGCAGAGGACAUUCUGGAUAAGUACAGGAACGCCAUGAAGAGAACAAGCCCAAAUGAUGGCACUUCCGGGGCAUAUGAGGCUGCAGAUGUGGUUGGUGAUGGAGAAAGCCUCCAUGAUUCUCCUAGGGAUGAAGCAUUACAGCAUAUGACCUCGGAUGACCUCCCAGAUUCCGCCAGUCAGACAGCUCAUCCCCAAGACUCUGCCUUCUCUUACAGGGAUGCAAAAAAGAAGUUAAGAUUAGCACUGUGCUCUGCAGAUUCCGUUGCAUUUCCGAUGGUUUCUCACUCCACGCGGAAUGGUCUGCCAGAUCAUACUAAUCCUGAAGAGAAUGAGAUUGUAUGCUUUCUGAAAGUUCAGCUGGCUGAAGCCAUAAAUCUACAGGACAAAAACCUCAUGGCACAGAUUCAGGAGACCAUGCGCUGUGUCAGCCGAUUCGAUGGCCGUACUUGUAGCAAGAUCCUCGCAUCCAUAGCAGAGGAUUACAGGAAAAGAGCCUCAUAUAUUGCAUAUUUAACAAGAUGCCGCCAGGGGUUGCAGAGCACACAGGCUCACCUUGAACGACUGCUGCAGCGAGUUCUCCGUGAUAAGGAAGUUUCCACUCGCUAUUUCACCACCGUCUGUGUACGGCUGCUGCUCGAGAGCAAAGAGAAGAAGAUACUGGAGUUCAUUCAAGACUUCCAAAAGUUGACAGCUGCUGAUGACAAAACUGCACAAGUGGAGGAGUUCCUGCAAUCUCUAUACGGAGCUAUGGCCCAAGAUGUGAUUUGGCAGAAUGCCAGUGAGGAGCAGCUUCAGGAUGCUCAAACUGCAAUCGAGCGAAGUGUGAUGAACCGCAUUUUUAAGUUGGCGUUCUACCCCAACCAGGAUGCAGAUGUACUACGUGACCAGGUUUUGUACGAACACAUCCAAAGAUUGUCCAAAGUGGUAACAGCCAAUCACAGAGAUCUCCAGAUUCCUGAGGUUUACUUGAGGGAAGCGCCAUGGCCUUCUGCUCAGGCAGAGAUCCGCACUAUUAGUGCAUACAAAACCCCCAGGGACAAAGUGCAAUGUAUUCUACGCAUGUGUUCUACAAUUAUGAAUCUCCUAAGUCUCGCCAACGAGUACUCCGUCCCAGGAGCUGAUGAUUUUGUCCCAGUACUGGUGUUUGUACUUAUUAAGGCCAAUCCACCCUUCCUCCUGUCUACUGUGCAAUACAUCAAUAAUUUCUAUUCAAACCGACUAACUGGAGAGGAGUCCUACUGGUGGAUGCAGUUCACUGCAGCAGUAGAGUUUAUUAAAACCAUUGACGAGCGCAAGUAAAAGUCACCUGCCUGUUAAAACAGGAAGUGCCGGCUGCCUGCCAGCAGUGGGCAGCAGAGACCUUCUCCUUGUAUCAUAACUGUACAGAGAGGAUAUGGUUGGUUAACCUUUCUGUUACAUGAGAGGCCUGAAGUACGUUGUGGAGCAGUGGGUUGCAGACUUCCUUUGCUGUAGGAUGAGCUAAAGGUGUUAACAGAUGUUCCCUGUUUGGGAGAAAAAAAAAAUUAAAUAUAUGCUUAUAUUCAUUUUUUUAACACUCCUUCCCCUUCUAAUGCUGCAUCAUUUUAAAUGAACUCUACUAAACCGGAAAUUACGUUUUAUUUUGCAGGCUUGUUCUUGUUUCAUUUUUGUUUCUUUAGGUUUAGCAAUGCAAAAAAAAAAAAGGGACCACAUUUUCAAGUAUUUUUAGAUUAUAUAUAUAUAUAUAUAUAAAAAAAAAAAAGGAAGGUAACACUUAUCACAGCGGUUGCUCUGUAGUCUAAUAACGUUAUCUUUAGGGAUUAGUGGCAAUAACUUAAAGUAGUGAAAAAUGAACACUUUGCUGCCUAGAGGGGCGCAAAGUGCCUCGGUGCUCACUAACGGAUGCUACUCUGCUCAUUAUUAUUUUUUAAAGGGAGGCAUUGUACUAAUUUUUCAUAUUUUGCCAAAAGUUAUAUAGGGAAGGUUUGAGAUUUACUGUUCAAUCAAAAUCUCUUCUCUAAAAUUUUCUAAUGUUACAGGUGUUUUACCCAACCAGCAGCAAAUCUUUUUCAGCUCGGCAAUACUUAAUGUAUAUAUUACUUACACAAGGUGUGGAUCAAGCCAUUGUGUGGUUUGAACCAAUAUUCACAAGGAUUUAGCCUAUCCGUUUAUUCAGAACUGGUAAAAUUAGUAAAUAUUGCUGCCGCUGUAAGUGGUAGCGGAUUAAAUUCUGGCUGACAAGUAUGUAGUGAUCUCUUUCUAAGGACUUCUGCUCUGAAAGUCAUACGCUGUCCAUUUGGUUAAUGUGUAGAGGACCACUUGAUCCACAGUCUAAGUUGAUAGAAUAUGACCUCUUGCAACGUGUAUAAUAUGUGUGUUUAUUUGCACAGUACAUGUGGGGUGUGGUUCAUAGGGUCGAUCACACUUGGGUCGACAGUGUCUAGGUCGACCACUAUUGGUCGACAGUAACCAAGUCGACAACCAAAAUAUGUUGACACAAGCAUUAGGUCGACAUGAGCGAGGUCGACAUGACAAAAGGUCGACUUGAGUUUUUUUUUUUUUUUUUAAGUGUCGUGACCGGGAACCCCAAUUAGUGCACCCUGUCCCCUUGCUUUGCUCUCUAUGCUUCGGGCAAGGUGCCUCUCUGCGCUCGCCACAGAUUACCGUUCCCAAUUGUGGAUCGUAAAAUAUGAAAAAGUUAAAAAAAAUGAAGAAGAAAAAUAUUGUGAAAAACUCAUGUCGACUCUAGUGACCAUGUCGACCUAGAACCCUGUCGAUCCAAUGCAUGCCGACCAAUAGUGGUCAACCUAAUGACUGUCAACCUAGAGACCGGAUACCGUACAUGUGGUGCUCUAGCUGUGGUUACACUAUAAAUUUAUCUUGCUCCCUAGAUUUAAGCAGCUGAUUUGAAGUAGAAUAUUUAAAUGUUAAUUUACUAAAUUGUAAUAUUCAGCUUAAUGAUUUACAUUUAUGCAACAGAUUUUUUCAGAUGAUUUACCCUUUAAACUGUGUAAUCUUACCCCAUCUGUAACAUACAGUGACCUCAUUUCCCCAUGGCCGAUGGAGUUAAUGUAUAGCAGUUGAACCAAAAGAAUAAUAAUCUUUUAGGUUGCCGUGAAUUUCACUACUAUCAUCUGAAGUGGAAAAAAAAAGGACUACUUUAUGGUGAAAAGUAAACAAUUGGCUCAAACACCACAGAGUGGCUUUUAUUGAUUGCUGAACACUUUUGGGCAAAAUAACUUUAAAGUAGACAGUUCUCCUUCCACUCCUAACACUUUUUGUUUUCUGCAGUAAUUACUAGGAAUGCAUACCUUAUUUAUUAGCUCUGACACACAUUAACUAUUUUUGUUCCUGUAAGUUCCUACUGUACAGGCUGCAAACUGUGUGAUAAAGUGCCUACUUCAGCUUGGUGGCUUAAUGCAGCAGAGUUAUGGGUAGUCAGUAGUCGGCACAAAAUCACACAAUCAAUUCAAAUUACGAAACACUGCAGUGCUACAGUUUUAUUUUUAAAGAGUGUAGCAGAAAAAUAAAGUUAUUUAUAUAUUCAAGGUUUAUUAUAGUCAUACUUAAUUUUUUUUUUGUCUUUAUCAAGAGAAUAAAAUUCAGAAACUGGAA